GCUGAGAGCAACACCAUCAUUUUGCUUUAAACGGUGCUGCUGAAAAACCCCUCACUUUCCCUCCGAAACACAGAGCGCACAGAACGAUGGCAGGAGAAGAAAAACGACACCAGAUGAUGCAGAAUCUCUUCGGAGAUGAAUCCGACGAGGAAGAUGAACUCGAAUCCAAUCCUCAACUCAAUUCCGAUGAAGGAGAGGGAGAGGUAGGCCAAGACGGAGAAGGAGAAGGAGAAGUUGAAGGACAAGGAGAGGUGGAAAUAGAGAGUGAAGGGGAGAUGGCGCAGAUUUCUCGGGAGAUUGAAGUGGAGUUUGGUGAUCAGAGAGAAGAAGAGAGUGGAGCUAGGGAUUCGGAUAGUGAUGCUAAAGAUGAUUAUAGUCAGCGCGUUGUUACUAGCCGGCGUAGGGAUGUUGUUGAAAGUGGAUCUGAGGAGAAUCAUUUCAAUGAAAAUGAUGGCGAAGAAGUUGAUGCAGCUAGAAGCCUAAGCGGGUCACCUAGAGAUGAGAAUGAUCAAACUCGUGAUUUGCAUUCUGCCCCGGAAAUCCGUGAUGUAUUUGGUGAUUUUGACGAUGAAGAGGAGGGGUAUGCAGCUCAGCAGGACAUUGGACAAGAUUCAAAUAGAUAUCCAGCGGAUGCAGAAGGGAGUUACGGAAAGAGUCUGAGACCAGAGGAUAUACUUGCUGAUGAAGAUCAUCAAUAUGAAUUAGAGGAGGAAAACAUUGAAAUGAAAACUAAAGAUAAGCCCCUUGGGCCCCCCUUGGAGUUAGAGAUUCCAUUACGUGAACCACCAGCUCUUCCUAAUAAGAUGAACUUGAUUAAAGUUUCCAAUAUCAUGGGUAUUGAUCCAAAACCUUUUGAUCCUAAAACAUAUGAGGAAGAGGAUACCUUUGUAACUGAUGAACUUGGAAACAAGAAGCGCAUACACUUGGAGAACAAUAUUGUACGUUGGAGAGAAGUCAAAAAUCCUGAUGGCACAACUUCUGUUGAAAGCAAUGCUCGAUUUGUAAGGUGGUCUGAUGGUAGUCUUCAGUUGUUAAUUGGGAAUGAAGUUCUUGACAUAUCAGAGCAGGAUGCCCAGCAUGAUCAAUCACAUCUUUUCCUUAGACAUGGAAAGGGAAUCCUGCAAUCACAAGGAAGGCUAUUACAGAAAAUGAGAUUUAUGCCAUCUUCCUUGUCCUCAAAUUCUCAUCGGUUGUUGACUGCUAUUGUUGACUCAAGGCAGAGGAAGGCUUAUAAGGUUAAAAACUGUUUUACAGACAUUGAUCCUGAGAGGGAAAAGGAGAAAAAGGAAAAGGCUGAAAGUCAAAUUAUUAGGGCUAGCGAACUGCUUAGCCGUAAGCGUGACAAGGUGAAUAAAAAAUAUACUCCAACUGACAGGAGGCGUCAACUUUCUCCUGGGUUUUUAGAGGAUGCAUUGGACGAGGAUGAUGAAGCAGAUUACUACGAUCCUCGUCGUAAACAGCGUCACUUUGAGGACGAAUUGGAAGCUGAAGUCCGGGCAGAGAAAAGGAUUAUGAAUGCUAGGAAGUCACAGGGACCAAAGAACAUCCCUCGUAAGUCAUCUAUUCCACCAGCAAAAUCCUCACGGAAUCCAUUGGGUUACCCAUAUGAGAGAGAGGAAUCUGAAUAUGAAACUGAUGAAGACGAAGAAGAAGAAAUACCUCAUUCACGUACGAGGGAUGAUGAUACUGAGCCGGAAUAUGAGGACUCCGAAGAAGAUGAUGAAGAAACCGGUCAAGCCGAUGCUGCUGCUUCAGACGAGGAAGAAGAGGAGGAACCGAAGCAUAAGAGUCGGGAUUUAAAAGGUAAGGUCAAAAGGAAGGGGUUUGGAUCUGAAGAACACUCUCUUCCUAGAAAACCAACCAAUCGGCGAAUGACCAUUGUGUCUGACAGUGACGACGAAUGAAACUCUGUUAUUGCUAUUGGAAUUUGGAAGGAGCAAUGCUUUUUGCUGCAGCACAAGCUGAGAUGACGACUCGUUUUGCUUUUUCCCUCUUCUAUAUUCAUGCUUAUACAAACUUAAGUUUUAAAGUUAUAGACACAUCAAGAAGAACCACAGGCACACAUCAAUUGGUAAUUUGUCUCAGGUCUUGUUGUAUGUUUAUAUUUCCAAAAACAAUGGUCAAAUCUUCUCCAUAAAGUUGCUAAGCUAUAUGGAAAGUGAUAGGGUGAUCAAAUCCAAUAAAAACUGCAAUCUGAUAAAAAAAAACUGAAUAUUUUUUUAUGUGUUUCGAUUCUCUUUUAUGAAAACCGUUUAGAUCGGAUUGGAUUUUUGUUGUAUGUUUGGAUCCAGAAAUGUAGUAAAUCGGGGCCAAAUUAUUUGACUAUAUUUGUAUGUAUUUACAUAAAUGAGAUGUGUUGAAAUACGAGAGACUAAGAGACAUUUGAAUAAACCGUGUGUUUUGAAAAGCACUACGGAGACUUUAUUAUAUAUAGAGAUUAUAGCUAAUUACAUGAUAUAGUCGAUGUGAGACUAUUCUAUAUACAAAUAUUGUUAAUACUAUAUAUUUACAAAUAUCAACACUCCCCUUAAGCUUGAGCUUAUAAGUCAAAAGCACCAAGCUUGUUACAUAUAUAAUUAGAUCUGGGACUUUGCAGGGAUUUUGUAAACACAUCUGCCAAUUGAUCAUUAGAGUUGAAAAAGCUUGUGACGGUGUCGUUUGAUUCAAUCUUCUCUCUGACAGUGACAGUCUAUCUUAAUAUGUUUGGUCCUUUCAUGGAAGACUGAAUUUGAAGCAAUGUGCAAUGCAACUUGAUUAUCACAAACAAGUGUCAUUGGUCUUGCUUCUUCAAUUUGAAGUUCUUUGAGCAACUGUUUUUACCAAAUGAGUUCACAUGUUGCCAUUGCUAUGGCCCUAUAUUCUGCCUCGACGUUUGAUCUUGCAACUACACUUUGUUACCUUUUUAGGAUAUAAGGUUUCCUCCGACAAGUACACAAUACCCAAAGGCGGGUCGUCUAUCAAUGAGUGACCCUGUCCAAUCAGCAUCAGAGUAUCCAACUAUCUUAGUAUGUCCUUUAUCUUCAUACAUUAGACCCUGGAGCACAUUUGAUGUAUCUCAGAAUUCGGAUAACAACAUCCAUGUGUUCCCGACAAGGAGAAUUUAAGAUUUGGCUUACCGUUGUGACAAAUUUUCGGACGAGUGACUGUGGGAUAAUUCAACUUUUCAACCAAUCUCCUAUACCUUUCUUAGUCAGAUAAAGACUCCAUGAUUGGAUAGUAGUUUGACACUUGGAUUCAUAGGAAUGUCAAGGGGUUUAACAUUCAACAAACCUGUUUCUUUUAAAAUAUUCAUAGCAUAUUUUCGCUGAAAAAUCACCAAACCAUCUUUAUAUUGGGCUACCUCAAUACCCAAGAAAUAUCAGAGUUUAUCAAGAUCUUUUGUCUGAAAUUGAUUCGACAGAUGCUUCAACUGGAGUAUUUCCUACUGAUCACUACCAGUUAUAAAAAUAUCAUCUACAUUCACAAUAAGAUAAAUACACCCUCGGGCUGAGUGACGAUAAAAAACAGAAUGGUCAGCUUCACUACGGUUGAUACUAAACUGUUGUACUACAAUACUGAAUCUGCCAAACCAAGCUCUCGGAGAUUGCUUAAGACCAUAAAGAGACCGGUGUAGCCUACACACCAUAUUCAAUGACUCCCCCUGAGUAACAAACCCAGGUGGUUGCUCCAUAUAUACUUCCUCUUCAAGAUCACCAUGCAAAAAUGCCUUUUUGAUGUCAAGUUGAUGAAAAAGUCAAUGUCGAAUGGUUGCAAUGGCUAGAAGGUCUAACAGAUGCCAUCUUGGUUACAAGUGAGAAGGUAUCACUAUAAUCCAACCCAAAAAUUUUAGUGUAAGCGAGCUUUAAAUCGAUUAAUCUUACCAUCUAGACCAACCUUCACUGUAUAAAGCCAACGACAAUCUACUAAAAAUCUCCCAGGGGGUAGAGGAACCAGUUCUAAUGUACCCUUGCUUUGAAGAGCACACAUAUUAUCAAUCAUUGCUUGCCUCCGCUCAGGGUGAGAUAAUGUUUCACCUAUAAUUUUAGGAAUAGAAACAGAAGACAAAGAAGUAUACUGCAAAAGGGAAAAAUGAUGAUAACAUAAAUCAAUAUAAUGUGGAGAAGGAUUUCGUGUUUGAUGCAUACCUUUUCGAAGGACAAUCGAAAGAUCGGACUCAGGUUGUUGGAUCGGGUUUGGUGAUGGCGAGAACGUAAGUGAAGAGUCUGCAAUGACCUCAGAGACAGGUACGUCCUCAGGGACAUUUACGGCCUCAGGGACAGGUAUUGGUUGACGAUAUGUUUGAAGUAGGCGAGAAGUGGGGGGGUCAACUGUAGGGGUAUAGUGGGCCAAGUUCCCUAGUAUGAUGGGGAACAAUGGCAGAUGAGACUUCUAGAAGAGGCGUGGGAGUACUUUCUUGAAGAGGUUCUGAAGUUACUUGGCUUGAAAUAUGGAACCGACUCGAAGAAGGUAGCAUCGGCCGAUACGAGGUAUCGUUGUAAAGUAUGUUAAUAGUAAUGAUAAUUUUUUUGGGAUCGAUGAUAACCAAGAAAGACACACUUUAGUGAUCGAGCUGAUAGUUUAUCAAGAUCAGGAGAUGAAUUAUGUACAAAAAAUGUAUAUCCGAAGACUCGGGGAGGAAUUAGGUGAAGUGGAGAAUUGAAAAAAAGGAUUGAAUGAAGGAUUUUGUUGUUAAGGACAUAAGAGAGCAUGCGAUAUAUAAGGUAACAUGCCGUUAGCACAUCAUCCCCCAAAACCGAAGUGGAACAUUACCAUGGAGAAGUAGGGUCCGAGUGGUUUCUAUGAGAUGCCGAUUUUUGCGUUCGGCUACCUUGUUUUGUUGAAGUGUAUAAGGGAAAGAUGUUUGGUGGAGAAUACCAUUGCUGGACAUAAAAGUUUGAAAUUGUUGGGAUAAGUAUUCACGAGCAUUAUUACUUCUUAAGGAUGAAGUAUUAGGGAGAGGUAGGGCAAGAAGGAGAAGUGGAAGGACAAGGAGAGGUGGAAUUAGAGAGUGAAGGAGAGAGGGAGCAGAUUUCUCAAAGAGAUUGAAGUGGAGGUUGGUGACCAGAGAGAAGAAGAGAGUGGAGCUAGGGGUUCGGAUAGUGAUGCUAAAGAUGAUUAUAGUCAGCGCAUUGUUACAAGUAGGCGGAGGGAUGUUGUUGAAAGUGGAUCUGAGGAAAAUCAUUUCGAUAAAAAUGACGGUGUAGAAGUUGAUGCAGCCAGAAGACUAAGCAGGUCACCCAUAGACAUAUAUAAAACUCAUGAAUUGCAUUCUGCCCUGGAAAUUCGUGAUGUAUUUGAUGACGAAAAGGAGGAUAUGGGGUAUGCAGACAAUGAACAAGAUUUAAAUAGAUAUCCUGCGGAUGAAGAAGGGACUUAUGGAAAGAGCCUGAGACGUGAGACCAGAGGAUAUACUUGUUGAUGAAGAUCAUCAAUAUGAAUUAGAGGAGCAAAACAUUGAAAUGGAAACUAAAGAUAAGCCACUUGGCUCCUCCUUGGAGUUAGAGAUUUUAUUACGUAAACCACCAGCUCUUCCUAAUAAGUGUUUACAGGAACAUCAACAUAUCGUUUUGGGAGGUUUUUUGAUAAAUUUCUGAUGUUGUGGUCGGUGAAAGUGAACUAGAUGAUGAGAAUUGAGCUUGAACAAGUUUUGAUAAAAAGGAUAGACCUGAUUAAAGUUUCCAAUAUCAUGGGUGUUGAUCCAAAACCUUUUGAUACUAAAACAUACGAGGAAGAGGACACCUUUGUAAUUGACGAACUUGGAAACAAGAAGCGCAUACGCUUGGAAAACAAUAUUGUACGUUGGAGAAAAGUCACAAAUUCUCAACUUCUGGCAUCUUAGUUUCAGCUGCGCUACAUAAUUUAUUUUGUAGUAAAAAAUAUUGUUCACGGUCAUGUGAAAGCAAUGCUCGUUUUGUAAGGUGGUCUGAUGGCAAUCUUCAGUUAUUAAUCGGGAAUGAAGUUCUUGACAUAUCAGAGCAGGAUGCCCAGCAUGAUUAAUCACAUCUUUUUCUAAGACAUGGAAAGGGAAUCCAGCAAUCACAAGGAAGGUUAUUGAAGAAAGUGAAAUUUAUGCCAUCUUCCUUGUCCUUGAAUUCUCAUCGGUUGUUGACUCAAGGCAAAGGAAGGUAUAUAAGGUUAAAAACUGUGCUAUAGACAUUGAUCCUGAGAGGGAAAAAGAGGAAAAGGAAAAGGUAUAAUCAAUCAUAUCAUUUCCAGGCUGAAAGUCAGCCUAUCAGGGCUAACGUAAUUGGGCAGGGAUUAAGUAACUUUACUGUUACCGUGACUUUGUGACUUUAGGCGAUUAUAAAGAAUGGAAGAUUAAAAUAUCUUAUUUAUUGAGAGAGAAAGAUUGAUUUAGUGAAAGAUAGAAGAAAAGUUAUCAAAGUUACAAAAUGUCAAAGUCACCCAAACCCGGCCAGGUAGGGCAGCUGCCCAGGCUCCGCCCAACCUAUUCCUUUAUCGUCUGUCUUGAAGCAGUUGCCAAUAGCUGUUAAGUAAGUCAUGCUCGUCUUUUUCCUACCAAUUUCAUGAACUUUCAAAGAUUCUUUGUUGCCGAGCUAUUUCCAUCGAAAGCAAAGAUUGGCGUAAAAUGUUUAAGCAUCUUCUUUGAAAUUAUCUGAUCACAAUGACUAAAGCAAGAGUGGUGUAAAUUGUGGCUGGAUGAAAAGCAAAUUCAAUGAAAGAUUUUAUAGCUUCAAUCAGAGGUUCUUUGCCUUGGACGAAUUGAUGGAGAAUUGGUGCUGAAUUUGUCGUUUCGCGCUAUAUAUGCCCACCAAGUGUUUGAUAAAAGUUUUGAACCAAGGUUCUUCUUCUUUUAUUUUGUUUUUGCUUUGCUGUAUUUUUGAUAAUUGAACCUUGAUUUGGGAUGGUGCUUUUGGUAUUGAAUUCUUGAAUUGCCACACUUGAUGGAUGUUGCUUUUUUUUGUUGAUUUUUGAAGGUUAUGUGAAUUUGCUUAUGGAGUGCUAUUGCUAUUUAUCUUAGUAACAUGUAGUUAUAAUUGUUGUAAUUUAUAAUUCUUUAAGAUUAAUAGUGGAUAGUGAUUCAAGUUAAUUGAAUAAAUGUUUCAUUAUCGGCCUACCAAACAUAGUUUUGCUUAAAAAGUUGGCAAUUACAAACAGUAGGCAUUAGAACAUCACAUUAAUUCAUUAGAACAUCACAUUAAUUCUUGCCUUGAUGUAAAUGACUAGAUGUUCAGCAUGAUUUUUAUGGUGUGUGUGAGAUAUGUUUCAAGCCCAUGAAGGUUUUUAGUGCUAGAAGAAUGCAGUAAAAUAUGUAGAUUGUUUUGUACCUCUUUAUGAGAAUGUCAAUUCUGGAGUGCAGAACUUUCCUUCUGUCGAAGAAUAACCGUGUUCCUACUCCCUCCCUACAAAGAUCAUUCUCAGCUGAACCAUACCUUGUGAAGCUGCAGAUAUAACAUUAGAUAAGGCUCAUUUAAUUCAAAAUGCACCAUAUUAGGAAACAAAGAGGGCAUAUAUCAAAUACCGUCUUGGUCGAAAAUUAUGAAAUCAGUAGCGGAGCCAGUGAAAACUUGCCCAGACUUUAUAAUUUUUCUAGCUUCGCCACUGGUUCCAACUGAGAAGAGGCGCCAACUUUCUCCUGGGUAUUUAGAGGAUGCUUUGGACGAGGUAUAAUUUUGAAUUGUUCCUGGAGACAGUGCUGUCUUUUAGGUGUUAUAUAGUUGCUGAAAUAUUCUCUAAGCGUAUCUUCCUACUUAAAGUGUGUCAGUUCCAUUAUUUAUUGAUGCUCCAUUUCUUCAGGACGAUGAAGCAGAUUAUUAUAAUUCUCGUCGUAAACGUCACUUUGAGGAUGAGUUGGAAGUAGGGCUGUUCAUGGUAUGGUUCAUAAGAAAAAUUGAACCUAACCGAACCAAACCCUAGUAAAAAUUAACUCGAAUUGAACUGAACUGUUUCAAUUUACUAAGAGCCGAACUGAACCAAAAUUAUUGGUUUGGUAUACCGUUUUGAAAUUCCGAACCGUACCAUGACUCAAUUUUUUGCACAGGACUUGCAGUUUUCUUGUCAGUUGUUACAGUGCGAGAUAAAGAUUUUUGUACAUAUAUUGGGAUCCUUAUGUGCCAUGAUUCAUGUCGGGAACUUCGGAAGUAGGGUGACCAUGGGUUGGUUUUGUUUGGGUGGGAAAACUCGUAUCCAAACCAAAUAAAUUUGACCGUUUUGGAUUUGAAAAUGGGUGAUUAACCCACCAACCCAAUAUUCGGGCUGGUUUGAGUUGGGUCAUCAAGUCUAAUAGUUUUAAGAGUAUGAUGGAAAACUGGCCCUAUGAGAUAACUUCUGAUAGUAACAAGAUAUUAUAUAUAUAUUUUUAUUUUCAAAAGAUAUCUCAACCGACGAUGAGAAAAUCAAUGGUUGAUAUGUUAAACAUAUCCAUAAUUUGUUAAACAUUACCUAUUAUCGACGGCUGAUUUAUUCAUCUAUCGUUAAGAUUACUUUAUCCUCUAAGUGAAUUACUCCCUUAGCAAAAUCACUUUAUGUUAUUGAUACGGUAAUAUUCACGUGGGAGUAUGGUUAUAUAGAAUAGGAGAGGUAUUUGUUUUGUUUAUUUUUGGUAGAGUGACGAAGGACCACCUUUCGGCCAUAACUCAAUUUAAUGCAUGAAUAUUACUCAGCAUUUCCAUUUUGUUCAAAUUCAAUACUAAUUCGAUGGUUACUUGCAGGAAAUGAAGCAUAAGAGUCUAGAUUUAAAGGGUAAGGUCAAAAGGAAGGGGUUUGAAUCUGAUGAAAAAUCUCCUCCUAGAAAACCAUCAACCAAUCGGCGAAUGACUGUUAUGUCUGACAGUGAUGAUGAUUGAAACUUCGCAAGUCUGAUUUUCAUUUUGUGUAGCCUUGACCUUAAAUAUAUUGCAUGAAUUUGUUCCAAGUUAGUCAUUCACUUUUUGAUUCAUAUGUAAAUUCCUCUAUGAUUCAGGAUCUUGCAAUUGGAAUUGGAAGGAACAUUGCUUCGGCUGCAGCACAAGCGAGACGACUCAUUUGUUUUAUCCCUCCUUAUAUUCUUGCCUAUACAAACUAAAAUUUUGAAGUUUUGGACACAUCAAGAAGACCUUGAGGCACACUUUAAUUGGUAUUCUGUCUUGGGGCUAUGUUGUUCACUAUAUUUGUAAUGUUGAUUAGAAUAGCAGUGUAAAUAUAUUUGUUUUCUGCAUAUUUUAUUCCAAGGGAACCAGCUAUAGCUGAGGAGUUUCUCAGUUCAUCC